GGCUCUUUAAGCAGGAUGAGGGAACCCUGGAGGUGCCUGCUGUGCUUGUGCCUCCUGGCAUGCUCAGCCUCCACCCACAGCGCCGCCAAUCCCUUUGCAGGGCAGCAGACCCCUCCGGACCCUUGCUAUGACGACACAGGUGCAGCUCGCCGCUGUAUCCCAGAGUUUAUCAAUGCUGCCUUUGGCAAGGAGGUGAUGGUGUCCAGUGUCUGCGGCCGGCCUCCCUCCCGUUCCUGCAGUGUGGUGGAGCGAGGUGAUGAUCGACCUUCUGUGCGUACGUGCCAAAUCUGUGAUGCUGCGGAUACUCGGCGCUCCCACCCUGCUUCCUACCUCACCGACCUCAACUCGGCUCACAACCUCACCUGCUGGCAGUCGGAGAAUCUGAACAUCUCACCAUACAACGUGACUCUAACACUCUCACUGGGUAAAAAGUUUGAGAUCACCUAUGUCAGCUUGCAGUUCUGUUCACCACGACCCGAGUCGCUGGCCAUAUACAAGAGCAUGGACUACGGCAAGACAUGGAUGCCCUACCAAUUCUACUCCUCACAGUGCCGGCGUAUGUACAAUCGGCCCAACAAAGCAACGAUAACGAAGCAGAAUGAACAGGAGGCUCUAUGUACAGAUGGCCAUACUGACCUCUAUCCACUCUCCGGAGGACUCAUUGCUUUCAGCACUCUGGAUGGACGGCCCUCUGGCAAAGACUUUGACAACAGCCCGGUCCUUCAGGACUGGGUGACAGUCACCGAUAUCCGUGUAGUCUUUAGCCGACCCCAGAUACCCCGGGAGCUGGGGGCUGGAAGCAACAGUGGAGGGAGGGACGAUGACCCGAUGGCAGUGACAUCAACACUGCCAACAUAUUUCUAUGCAGUGGGAGACUUCCAGGUGGGCGGGAGGUGCAAAUGCAACGGACAUGCCUCACGCUGUCUGAAAGACAAGGAAGGAAAACUGGUGUGUGACUGCAAGCACAACACAGAGGGGCCUGAAUGUGACCGCUGCAAGCCCUUUCACUAUGACCGACCGUGGCAAAGGGCCAGUGCACGCGAAGCCAAUGAGUGUUUGCCAUGUAACUGCAACCUACAUGCCCGUCGCUGUCGAUUCAACAUGGAGUUGUACAAGCUGUCGGGGAGGAAAAGCGGAGGAGUCUGCAUGAACUGUCGACACAACACCGCAGGCCGCCACUGCCACUACUGCAAGGAGGGCUUUUACAGGGACAUGGCCAGACCUAUCACUCACAGACGAGCCUGCAAAGCCUGUGACUGCCACCCUGUGGGCGCCGCAGGCAAGACGUGCAACCAGACCACAGGCCAGUGCCCCUGCAAGGACGGUGUCACCGGCAUCACCUGCAACCGUUGUGCCAAGGGCUACCAGCAGAGCCGCUCACCUGUGGCCCCCUGCAUCAAAAUCCCAGUGGUCAAUCCCACGGCUGUGGUGAGCAGCACAGAGGAACCAGCAGAUUGUGAGUCCUACUGCAAACCAGUGAAAGGCAACCUGAAGAUCAACAUGAAAAAAUAUUGCAAGAAGGAUUAUGCGGUCCAAGUGAACGUGCUGGACAUGGAGACGGUGGGGGACUGGGCCAAGUUUUCGGUUAGUGUGGUGUCCGUGUACAAGAGCCGCGGCGAGCCCUUGAAGCGUGGCGACAACAUCCUAUGGGUGCACAUGAAGGACCUAGCCUGCAAAUGUCCCAAGAUUCAGAUGAGCAAGCGCUUCCUGGUGAUGGGUGGCAGUGAUGGGGGAACAGGCACAGGAACGGGACCGGGGGUUGGACCUGGGCCUGGAGCCACCAACCCAGGAGCAGAACGCGUGGGCCUGGUGGCUGAUAAGAACAGCCUGGUGAUCCAGUGGAGGGACGUUUGGACGAGACGUCUGAGGAAGUUCCAGCGCAAAGAGAAAAAGGGGAAGUGCAGCAAAGCGUGA